CUUUAAGUGCGCAGGAACAGAUCACAGUGACGCUCUGCCUCUCGCGCCUGCCGCAGCCUAAUGAACCUCGCCUCUUGCUGCGGUCUCACAACAAAACAAAAGGCCUUAAAAUCCGCGACAUAUGUUAAAAAACGAUAGACCACCACAACCAAAAUGACGGAGACCACUAAAACGCAUGUCAUUUUGCUAUCAUGUGGAAGCUUCAACCCCAUCACGAAGGGACACAUUCAUAUGUUCGAAAAAGCCAGAGAGUACCUACACAAGACUGGACGAUUCAUUGUGAUUGGGGGUAUCAUCUCACCUGUACAUGAUUCCUAUGGCAAGCCGGGCCUUGUCUCAAGCAGACAUCGUCUCACCAUGUGUCAGCUGGCAGUUCAGUCCUCUGAUUGGAUCAGAGUGGAUCCUUGGGAGUGCUACCAGGACACCUGGCAGACCACUUGCAGCGUUUUGGAGCAUCACCGAGACCUAAUGAAGAGAGUCACAGGGUGCAUUCUGUCCAAUGUGAACACACCUUCCACAACUCCUGUGAUUGGCCAGCCCCAAAAUGGAACGUCUCCUAUUUAUCAAAACACAGCUAACAAGUCUGUGGCUAUUAAACUUUGGGGAAAGAUGAGUGAAAGUCUGGGUAAAAUUUGCUGUGUUCGCCCACAUAUGGAGCGUUUUACCUUUGUUGACGAAAAUGCCAACCUUGGUACUGCAGUGCGCUACGAGGAAAUCGAGUUGCGUAUCCUGCUCCUCUGUGGCAGUGAUCUUCUGGAAUCUUUCUGCAUCCCUGGCUUGUGGAACGAAAGUGAUAUGGAAGUGAUUGUAGGGGAUUUCGGGAUAGUGGUGGUUCCUCGGGAUGGAGCUGACACAGAAAGAAUAAUGAACCAUUCAUCUGUGCUCCGAAAGCAUAAGGACAAUAUAAUCGUCGUAAAGGAUGAAAUCGACCACCCGAUGUCAGUCGUCAGUUCCACCAAGAGCAGACUGGCUCUUCAGCACGGCGACGGUCACGUAGUGGAUUACCUGAGCCAGCCUGUCAUCGACUACAUCCUGCAGAGUCAGCUCUACAUCAACGCUUCUGGAUAGGAUGGGGAAGUCCACUUCCGAGCCGUCAGUCAUCCCUGUCUGUCUCUCUGUGUGUAAUCUAGAGUAUAAUCCUCCUGUGCUACCACUGCUUUUCCAUGUAGAGGAGCAUUAAUCUGUCCUCCCCUCUUACUCGUGUCUCAUUGGGAUGUACAGCACUGUGCCUGAGGGAUCUGCUCCACCAAUCAGCUUUAAGGGACUGGGUGGGCUUAGGUGCCCAAAAGGAGGAUGAGGAGAGAGCCUCGCUGCCACUAUGACAGAGUGUUUUUGAUUGAAUUAGAUAAUUCAUUGCCUGCUAUGAUGUCGGUCUUUGCUGUUGAUUUAAUACUCUCUGUUCUCGUAGUUGCAUGCCUCUAAGGGUUUUCUUUCAGCGCAUGAGUGUUUGAAAUACCACGUAGACCGUAGUCUGUGGUUACAGUGUUUGCAAAAAACUGUGCUUAGACUCAUCUCAUCUCUAAAUACAUUUUCUACUCAUCAAUCAACUGUAUGUACAGAUAACAUCUCAUAUACUGUAUUAUGCCUCAAUGUUUUGUCUUCAAUGUGCAUUCAUGUAUACGUGGAGUAUUUGGUUGCACAUUAAAGAAUGCGAUUUCAUUUACUUUGCUUUCGUGCACAUUUACUUCUCACACAGCUCCUUUUGCUCGACAUUAACAUGCUAACAUGCCACAGAGAUGUGAUGUCUAGUAAAGCCGGUCACUGCCUGUGCAUCAAACCAUUCGUUUCAGGAUGAGAUUCCUUGCACUUUCGUUUGUUUUGUGAAGAGACCACGCUGAGAUCGUUAGAGUUUUAUGUUCACGUUAGACAAGGACAAAAAAUUAUAUGCUUUUAAUGGAUAGUUCAUCCAAAAAUGAGAAUUCUUUCAUUAAUUGCUCACCCUCAUGUCGUUCCAAACCCGUAAGACCUUCGUUCAGCUUCAGAACACGAAUUAAAGAAGUUCACUUCCAGAACAAAAAUUUACAGAUAAUUUACUCACCCCCUUGUAAUCCAAGAUGUUUGUGUCUUUCUUUCUUCAGUCGAUAAGAAAUAAUUUCAGGAAUUAUCUCCAUACAGUGGAGUUCAAUGGUGCCCUCAAGCACUCCCCAACUCCCCAACAAAAUCAUCCUACAUGGCUGCACAAGUACUGCUUACAAAGUGAACAUGCAAAGAACAUCAAACGCCCUUUACAAAAAAAGAUAAAACAGAGAUGUAGGAUGAUUUUGACGUUGAAGAAGAAAACCACACAGGAGUUUUUUGACCUACCCUAACUGUACUGACCCGGAUUACACAGACUACAUGUGCGCAUUGCAGAGACGAGACAAGAUGAGCAUUUGAGGUUAAAAAGUAUAUAAACUGUCAAUUUGUUUAGAAUAUGACCGAUCGUUUCACUAUAUAAGACCCUUCUUCCUCGGCUGGGAUCGUUUAGAGACAUUUGAAGCUGCAUUUAAACUGCAUUUUGGAAGUUUAAACUUAGGGGCACCAUUGAAGUCCACUAUAUGGAGAGAAAUUCCUGGAAUGUUUUCCUCAAGAAACAUAAUUUCCUUACGUCUGAAGAAAGAAAAACACAAACAUCUUGGAUGACAACUUCUCCUUUAAGAUAUGUUUUUGAUGAAAUCCCAGCUUUUUGACCCUGAAUAAACAGCAAUGUAACAAAUGUUCCCAGGCCCAGAAACGUAGUAAGAACAUCUGUAAAGUAGUCAAUAUGACAACAGUGGUUCAACCGACAAGAAUACUUUUUGUGCUUAGAGAAAGCAAAAAUAAUGACUUUAUUCAACAGUUAUUGUUCCCUGAGUUUCCUUCUUCCGCCAUUACGCAGAAAUAAUUGCGGAAAACGGUUACUCGGAAGAGUUCAAGCUCUCGGAUUGCAUCGAAAAUAUCUUGAUUUUUGGUCUUACGGGUUUGGAACGACAUGAGGGUGAGUAAUUAAUGACAAAAUUUUCAUAUCUGGGUGAACUAACCAUUUAAAAACUUUCUUAAAGCCGUUUGAUGGCUGAAACAUCCUUUAAAUGAUUCAAUUAUGAUUUGAGCUGACAUGAAAUGUCAAUAUGCUGCACAUCUAACAAUGAAUCAAAGUGUAUUUGAUGAGAAGAAUAACAGAUUCAAUGAAUUAUGUAUGUUGUACAUAAUUGAUUUUGAGCGGUUUUGCGAGUUUAUGGGAGGCUCCGGUUUUACGAUAUGAAGAAGCCUUCAAUAUACUGUGAUUAUUGUUUUUCAUAUGAUAAAGUCUCCGGUGAAACGAUAUUUUAUUUUGAUCAUUAAAACCAGAGACUUCUCAUUAAUGAAACUAGAAUGUUAAAAUGUUAAUCUUCAGAAAUGUAAAGCCUAUUAAAAUACUGAUAUUCCUUGUGUAACUACGUCAUACCCGCCCGUGUUUACUAGGUUUACUGUAUCUCAUAUGUUGAUUAUGUACAUCCUCACAGACAUUAAAGGAGAAAUAUAACACCCUCAUUUCAUUUUUUGAAUGGAUUAUGCUUCUCUAAUAUAGAGAAUUAUUAAACACACACUGAUACCUCACUGUUUGCAUCAACAUGCACGCAUGAUCUUUUCCAUUUUCAUUAAGCCGUCACUAUAGCAACUGGUGUAUCAGGAAUCACUUGGAGACUUAAAAUUUUCUCUCAAUGUAAAUUCAUUAAAAA